AAUUUUUAAUCUACAUUCUUUACGUGAGCUUCAUCUUUCAUAUAAUUUCCAACUUGAAGGUCAGUUACCAUCUAGUCUGGGAAACCUGACCAACUUGCGUAUAUUGGAUUUAUCUAAUAACAAUUUUAUAGGAGAGAUACCGAGCUCAUUUGCCAACCUUUGCCAAUUGCAAACGUUUGAUCUAAAAGUUCCAACAACGUAAGUGGGGAGAUAGUUGGGCUUGUGGAUGGUUUGUCUUAAUGUUCUACAUCCAGCCUAGAAUCACUAUCUUUGGGAUGCAAUAAAUUGCUUGGGGGUAUCCUGCCACAGUCACUGGGAGGGCUCGAGAAAUUGAAGACUAUUGACCUCGAUUAUUGUUCUUUUAGAGGCUCAAUUCCAUCUUCUGUUGGGAAAUUGUCAUCCUUGCAGAGACUUGACCUUUUCGGAAAUCAAAUGAAUGGAAGCAUUUCAGAAACAAUUGGGAAGCUAUCAAUGCUGGUUUUCUUGUACUUGGAUUCCAAUUUUUGGGAAGGUGCCUUAACUGAAGAUCAUUUUCAGAAUCUCUCUCGAUUAGAAGUAAUGGCUUUGUCUGUUCCAAAAUCCACCAAAUGGACAUUUGUCAUAAAAGUAAAUCAUGAUUGGCUUCCUCCUUUUAAGCUUAAGCGUCUCUGAUUAUAUAAUGUGUUGAUUGGACCACAGUUUCCAGCAUGGCUUCAAAAUCAAACGGAGCUCAUGACUCUUAGUCUUGACAAUGUUGGCAUUUCCGACACAACUCCAAACGACUUUUGGAAUUCCUGCUCAAAUAUUAGGGAAUUAUAUUUUCCCAAUAAUGGAAUAUGCGGACAGAUCCCUAAAAACAUAGGUGAACUAUUGCCCAAGUUGUCAUAUUUGGACUUCUCUUCAAAUUCUGACUGGUGGAAUUCCCUCUUCUAUUGGAAUGUUAAAAGAAUUGGGAAUUCUUUUUUACAAAACAAUCAUUUAUCUGGGGAACUCCCUCCUCAUUGGAAGAAUUUAUCAUCGUUAUCUCUAUUGGACAUUUCAAACAAUAGCAUAUCCGGCAAGUUUCCAAGCUCAAUGCAAUAUUUGAGUUCACUACGAUGGUUAUCAUUAAGCCAAAAUCAUCUUGAAGGGGAGCUUCCUUCCUUCUUUAGAUAUUGCACAGGCUUGAGAAGCCUCGAUCUUGGAGAAAACAAAUUGUUUGGAAACCUAUCGGCAUGGAUAGGAGAGAGCUUAUCAUCUUUAGUGAGGUUGAGACUGAGAUCUAACUCUUUUGAGGGGAGCAUACCUUCACAAUUAUGUUUACUUUCAGGUCUUCAGAUUUUAGACCUUGCAGACAAUUAUCUGUCAGGGGGAAUCCCUCCAUGUCUGGGGAACUUGAGUACUAAAACUAGAGAUGAAUUUUUUUUGACUGAGGUGGAAAUGUUAGUGGUUAUGAAAGGUAAAGAAUAUCUACAUUAUUUAAAUCUCUUUCUUGUUUAUUCUUUAGACCUUUCAAACAAUAAUCUAUCAGGAGAAAUACCUGACAGUAUUACAAGCCUAUCCAAGUUUAUCAACAUGAAUUUGUCUGUGAACCAUUUGAAUGGAAAAAUUCCUGAAAAUAUUGGGAAUAUGCACGAUUUAGAAUCGCUUGAUCUCUCAAGAAAUGAGCUUUCUGGUCCAUUCCCAGAAAAUUUGUCUGCUUUGAACUUUUUGAGUCACUUGAAUUUGUCAUUCAACAACUUGUCGGGACAGGUGCCAUAUGAAAAACAGCUUCAAACACUGAAUGACCCAUCUAUAUAUGAAGGUAACUAUCUACUUUGUGGCCCUCCUCUUCCGAACAAGUGUCCAGGCUCUGAAACUGAUCCUAGAGGAUCUCCAGGUGAGGGAAAUGGAGAAGAUGACAGGGACCGAAAGGGAAUACUUGAUUCACCAAUAUCAUUCUACAUUAGUUUGGCAAUUGGAUUUAUAGUUGGAUUUUGGGGAGUUUGUGGGACUCUGAUUGUUAAAACUUCAUGGAGGCUAGCUUACUUUAGAAGCUUUGAUCAUAUGAAAGACAAGAUUUAUGUUUUCAUUAUGGUCAAAUUGGUUCCCUUUCUAAGGAGGAUCAAGUUGGAGAGAAGAUGAAUCUAUGGGAAAUUAUUAGAUUGGUCAGAGUGGUUCCCUCAUGUGGUCAUACACAACAGGGAAAACUCCUAAGUUUGCUUGUAUGUUUUUUUUUUUUUUUUUUUUCCCUUCUUCUUCGUACUCUGAAUGCUUAAACUUUUAUUUGCUGAAAGCUUUUCUAAAAUAUUUGGUUUUGGUGUUAUAUUA